AUUUUUAUCCGACUCAUUUUUUUUUGCUCAUCAUUGUACGAUGGUACGGAUGGCACGAAUCGUUAAAUUUGGCGGACUUGCUUUUUUUAAAAUGUUUUGCGGUCGAUGCGCCCUCUGACAACUGUCACUUGUUUACGGGAGUUUGGAAAUGCUCUAAUGUCAGUGUUGAGCAUUUUUGUUGAGUGCUAGACGAAAGAGGUCAAAAAAGGUAAAAAGGGUUGAAGACAUGGUAAGGGUAUGUGCUGUGGAGGGAUGCUUGUCAUCCGACCUCACACAUUUGUCACAUCGAUUUCCGAAGGAUGUGGCUCGAGCGAAGGAGUGGCAGGAUGCCUUGGAAUUAUCAGACAAGGAUAUCGAGAUGCUGAUGGAUAAGUACACAGUAUGCACAAAGCACUUCGAGAAGAAGGAUUACAGAAAUAUUGAAUCCAGACACUUGAAUAAGACGGCACUCCCGAAGCUUGUUACAAGUUUCUGGAAUCCACCUGAAAAGGACAAAACCUUCGCAAUUGCCAUUGAGAUGGAUAAUGAGCUAGAUCGAAAUUCUCUCCAUGUCAACAUUAUUGAUCACAAAAGCCUGGACAUUGAAACGAUUGACCAGGAGGAGACAGUUGUGGAGGAGAUUGAGGAACUUGAUGAAGGAAAUGAUCCACAAACUAUAUAUACCUAUGAGACAAUCACUCAAAGGAAGGGCAACGAUGUUGUGAGGAAGAUUAAAUCAAAAGAUCGGGGAGAAUAUUUUAUUGUCGUGGAGGAAGAAGAUACAAGUGAGGAUCCGAAGGGUCAGAAGAGAAAAAUCGUUGAAGCAUCUGCGCCAAAGAAUAAAAAAUACUUCCCGACAAUUGAAGUUGCUGAAGAGACUGAGGAGAUGCUUGAGGAAGAAGUUCAGUCGUAUGAUUUAGAGGAGAAAAUCUACCAGGAUGGAUGUACACAGACGGAAGAGGAUGAAGAAGAAAUUGAGGAUGAGGUCCUGAAUUCAGGAUACUGGGAAUGUUCCAAAGCAGAUUUGAUCAGGAUGCUUAUGGAGAAAGAUGAUAAGUGCAGUGAACUGGAGAAAAAGGUGGAUGACUUCAAGCAAGCUAAAGAGAAAAUGCUUCAAAGUAUUGAAAUGCUAAAGAUGAUGUGAAUCCUAUAAAAAAGUCUCAGCAUUAAGGUAACAGAGAUUUAUUCAAAAUUCUAUCAGAAACACUUUAAAAAGGUCUUUUUUUUCGGAUAUAAGGAAAAUGAAAUAUAUAAUUUCCUAAUCAAUAAAAGCUUCAUGAAAAUCAA